UCUCUGGUAGUCACCGGCUCUGUGUGCGCUCUGAAGAAAAGGAGGAAGCGCAGAGAGUGAGAGCGCAGCGCAGCGCACGCCAGUCCGCUGAGCCACAGGACGAGAUAGCGAAAACCGAGACAAACAACCCGAAGAUCACCAUCAGCUGAUCGCACCGCCGCAGUUUUGAACUCCUCCACGCGGAGCAGCGCACGAGACGCGUCCUUUGCAGUCCCGGAAACGCUCUCAGGCACCAACAACUUGGCGUCGGUCAGUUAAAGUGCGACUAAAGACACAGAUAGUCGGAGAAUGGCAGACUCGGCGGCGGCCAACAGCGACGGGGAGGACGGACCCCGCGAGCCCAUGCGGGGCUUCGCGCGCCAGGGAGCCCUCCGCCAGAAGAACGUGCACGAAGUGAAGGACCACAAAUUCAUCGCGCGCUUCUUCAAGCAGCCCACCUUCUGCAGCCACUGCACCGACUUCAUCUGGGGUUUUGGCAAGCAGGGAUUCCAGUGUCAAGUGUGUUGUUUCGUGGUUCACAAACGUUGCCAUGAGUUCGUCACGUUCUCCUGUCCAGGCGCUGAUAAAGGACCCGCGUCAGACGACCCGAGGGCAAAGCACAAGUUUAAGAUCCACACCUACUCCAGCCCGACCUUCUGCGACCACUGUGGCUCUCUGCUCUACGGCCUCAUACACCAGGGCAUGAGAUGCGACCACUGUAUGAUGAACAUCCAUAAGCGCUGCGUGGCCAAUGUGCCGAGCCUGUGCGGGACAGACCACACCGAGAGGAGAGGUCGCCUCCAGAUCACCGCCGAGGUCAAGACUAAUGUGCUCACCGUUACCAUCAAAGAGGGCAGGAAUCUGGUUCCCAUGGACCCCAACGGUCUGUCAGACCCCUAUGUGAAGCUUAAACUGAUCCCAGACCCCCGCAGCGAGAGUAAACAGAAGACCAAGACCAUCAAGUGCUGCCUCAACCCCACCUGGAAUGAGACCUUUAAAUUCCACCUGAAGGAGUACGAUAAGGACCGCCGUCUGUCGGUGGAGGUGUGGGACUGGGACCUGACCAGCCGCAACGACUUCAUGGGAUCGCUGUCCUUCGGCAUCUCGGAGCUCCAGAAACAAGGAGUGGACGGAUGGUUUAAGCUGCUCUCCCAGGAAGAAGGCGAGUACUUCAACGUGCCCGUUGCUCCGGAGGGCGAGGAGGGCAACGAGGAGCUACGGCAGAAGUUCGAGAGGGCUAAGAUCGGUCCAGGCAAGAACACAGAAGGCAAGUCGGCCAACGCUGCAUCCCGGUUCGACUCCAAUGGCAACCAAGAUCGCAUGAAGCUGUCCGACUUCAACUUCCUGAUGGUGCUGGGCAAGGGCAGCUUCGGCAAGGUGAUGCUGGCAGAGCGUAAAGGGACAGAUGAUCUGUACGCUAUAAAGAUCCUGAAGAAGGACGUUGUGAUCCAGGAUGACGACGUGGAAUGCACCAUGGUGGAGAAGAGAGUGUUGGCGUUGGCUGGAAAGCCCCCGUUCUUAACACAGCUGCACUCCACCUUCCAGAGCAUGGACCGCCUGUAUUUUGUCAUGGAGUACAUAAACGGAGGAGAUCUCAUGUAUCAGAUUCAGCAGGUCGGCAAGUUCAAAGAGCCCCAUGCUGUAUUCUACGCCGCAGAGAUAGCCAUCGGUCUGUUCUUCCUACAUCAAAAGGGCAUCAUCUAUAGAGACCUGAAGCUGGACAACGUGAUGCUGGACUGCGAGGGCCACAUUAAGAUAGCAGAUUUUGGCAUGUGUAAAGAAAACAUGAACGACGGAAUCACCACCAAGACCUUCUGUGGAACACCGGACUACAUAGCUCCUGAGAUCAUAGCCUACCAGCCUUAUGGAAAAUCUGUGGACUGGUGGGCUUUUGGAGUAUUGCUCUAUGAGAUGCUGGCUGGACAGCCUCCAUUUGACGGUGAGGAUGAGGAUGAGUUAUUUCAGUCCAUCAUGGAGCAUCACGUCUCCUAUCCCAAGUCAAUGUCCAAGGAGGCUGUCGCUAUCUGUAAAGGGCUGAUGACGAAGCAUCCAGCCAAGCGACUGGGCUGUGGUCCGGAGGGGGAGCGAGACAUCAGGGAGCACAGCUUCUUCCGCUACAUGGACUGGGAGAAACUGGAGAACAAGGAGGUGCAGCCGCCAUUCAAACCAAGAGCUAGGAACCGUCGGGACACCUGUAACUUCGACAAGGAGUUCACCAAGAUGCCGGUGGACCUGACGCCGACAGACAAGCUCGUCAUCAUGAACCUGGACCAGGACGAGUUCCUCGGCUUCUCCUACACCAACCCUGAAUAUGUGGCUCCUGCAAAUUAGCACGCACUCAGUGACGCCGAUGGACUGGCAGAAAAGCGAGGUUUCAGAGCAGAUAGGAAGGAAGACUGGCAGUAAAAGUCUAAUUUUUCUGCGUUUGUUCUGUAAAUGUCUGCGUUAUUUUAGGCCACACUGGGGUUUGUCCAAUACUUCAGCAUACGAAAGGUAUCACAACACCAAAUUUGCACAAUAGACUGGAUACCAAAGAUUUUGAAGUAUUGCAUCAAAAACACCCUGGGUGUCAAAAUGUGCUUUUUGUACAGGACAAAAUCACGCGUGGCAUGCUAAAUUUAUGGGAAAAUAUCAAUCCCCAAAGACUACAAUUGACCAAUUAUAUACACAAUGCACUAAAAAGAUAUGGUCAGCCAUACACACCGCACCACCCCGGUCUUGUUUGCACUGAACAUGUGCUCCCUGCACUUAAUUUUUAUGCCACGAUUAUAAUAACAGUAGAAAUUGGUUUGCUUCUGUGUUUAUGACGUAAAUCUGCUUAAACGCUACAGCAAACCUAUUUUCAGUUUCCUUAAUUGAAGCGUUGUCAUACGUUCUCUAGUGUUGUUCCGCAAGUUUAACUGCAUCAGUUGUGACAUCUCGUACCAAACCAUGUAAGGAGAGUAACUAAUCACUGAGAUGUGACAUGACAUAAACCCGUGUUGAACAAGAAAGAAUGGGUACGAGCAGCAGCCUCAGUCCCUGGCGUGAUUCGCCCUGUGCAGUUAAAACAAGCAUUGUCUUUAUGUGUGAGUCAUUUUUUAACAUGGCACAGUCAUUCUAGUCCUAAUUUAAUGAAUACUUUUCCCAACAUGGCUUCAACGAGGAUAAACGGGACCAAAAACAAACAGGAAACGUGGCUGCUUCUAGAUUAGAAAAUGUUUUUAGAUCACGAGAGGACCAAAUUGUCAUGACGUUAGAAGUUUUUUAAUCUUGUUACUCUCAUCACUUUGUAAAACUGUUUAGGAGUUUAAAAAAAAACUAGAAUGAACAAAGUGCAUCCAAAUCUGCAUCCACAGUAUCUUCUGCAGCCAUGUAACCAGAGGCCUGAGUGUGCAGGCUUUAGCCAUCUUAACAUGCUGUGUAUCAGCUCGAUUUGUGUGUCUUGACCAGUGUUGCCUGUUUCAGCCAGCCUGCACGCCGUGGAAGUGCUGACACACACUCAGACUGAGCGUCUCACACAAGGCCAUCACAGGGGAAUAUGCCUAAUGAGCAAACUUCACAGCCUGUCAAACCUUUUUGUCCUUCUCUUCCUUCUCUUUCCUCCUUUGGCUCUUGCCUUCUCCUUUCCCCUCCCCCAAAUACCCCUGUUGUCUCCUUUUAUUUAUUUUUUUGUGUUCUGGCUCUAAUCCGUUCUUCUGACAAGGCCUCACUGGGAGCCUAGUAUGACGUGGUGUCACAGGGUUGGCAAUGCGGCAGUCACCAGUGGAGCAUGCACACUCACACACACACACACACACAUACAGAUGCACGCACAGUGAAUGAGGAGCUGCUUUGACAACCCCCAAGUGAGCGUUUUCACAAACAGCAAUAAUAACGACAGCAAUGCUGCUUUUCUCAAUUAUUUACUUUACUUUGGUUCUCCCAAACCAUCUGCGUUUGUGUGUGGUAGUGCUGUGUUUAUGUGCAUGUUUUGGCAAAUGUCCAUAUGCUAAAAUACAUGUGUGAAUGCGUGCGUGUGCUCGCAUGAGUGCGUUGUCCGUCCCUGUGUGUGUGUGCGCGUGUGUGUUUGUGUGUUUUAUAAGGCUUCACUGGAUAAAGCCAAUUAUUUCAAAUUCAGCUCAAAUUCAGCAAAUCUGCCUUCAAGCUUCAAACCACAUUACACUGGCUAUAAUGCCAACUAGCUCUGCGUACUGUACACACACACACACACACACACACACAGCCAUACAGUCCAAUCCAUGACUGAGGGUUGGAAUUAUUAGGUGAAGCGUAACAAGGCGGACAAUGACUGUGAAAUGUUCGCUCCUGGAGGCACACAAGGCAUAUACUGUAGGUCCAUUACACAGGCCUAGAUUGUUUCUCCCUUCUUUAAUCAGCACAAACAGUACCCUCAUGUAUACUAUAUACAGUACAUAUACAUAAAUUGUACAUAUUUCUAUACAGUAUAUAAGCAUACACAUACGCACAGCAUCCCUCCCCUAACUCUCUCACCUUCGGGGGAAGUUUCGACUCCGCAGUCCUGUUCCUUUACUUCGAUGGUGUAAAAUAUGAAGUUUAAUUUGUGUGUCGGCCUUUCUCAAGCGUAGAGCUGUAUUAUGCUCAGGUCAAGGGUGUAAAUAUCUCCUCGUGUUGAUCACGCCUACUCUUAACAUCUGCUGUUUUGAAUCGUAGACCCUGAAGCGUUCAAUAGCACUCGGCAGCUGUGUCUACCUGUGUGUGCGCGGCCGUGUGAACGUGUGAGUGUGAAGCUGUACGUGCACGUAAUUUAAACACGUUUAGUACUGUAUGAUUUAAUAUAAGCCUUUCUUUCACUUGACAAGGACUCUCCCUUUUUUGUAAGCUCGCAGCCUCUAUCUGCGCCUGUCCAAACAGCACCGACUGGAGAGAGCUAACAUAAAACGAUGAGCUGCCGCACAUCUACAGCAACACACGUAGGAACACGUUUUUUUCCCCCUCGUGAAGCUCCCCCGUCAGUGUUUCGAGAGCCGAUAACAUCAUCAGCCAGUUACUCGUUAUGGUUAUGUUUGGUGUUAAAAAUUAUACUAUGCAUGCAUGUGUUGAUCUCUCUCUUUCUCUUUCAUAUCUUGUUCCAUAUGAUAUGGAUUUAUCCUAUAUUAAGUCUUGAUUGAUAGACUGGUGUGUGAUAACUACUUUAUUAGACAUUAAUAGGCUUUAUGUUGCUUAAUUUAUGGUAAAACUAUGUUUCAUGUCAUUGUUAUGAAAUAUUAUACAAGGGCCAUGCUUCAUUUGUACAUAUAUAAAUAUUUUACAAGUCUAUAGGGGUAAAGUCUUCCAUUUCCAUAAUUCCAUUUAUACACAGAAAAGUAUAUGUGUUUAGGGGUAACAUAAUAUAUAUAUGAGUUGCAAUAGAAAACAUGCCGAAAAAUAUCUGAGAACUGAAAUAUAAUGAUAUUUUACAUGAAAAACACCUGUUCCUUGCACCCACUCAUACAGAUUUAUAGAUUAUGCAGGGGGGAACAGUAUUGGCCUAAAAUUGUACCAACUCUUUAAAUAGCGUCCUCCUUCCUUCGCUCCUUUCUUUCUUUCCGACCUUUUCUUUGAUCGUGCCUCCUUUCUAUCUGUCAUUUUAUUUUUUCCUCUGACCUUUCCCGAUCCUCCUCUCCUCUCUUUCUUCCUCAUUGUCUUUUUUCCUACCUCAUUUCCCUUUCUCUUGACCUUUACCCCUCUCUAUAGGCUUUCUUUUUGUUCGCUCACCCUCUCUACCAUUUUCAUCUCUUCUCUUUAAGAUCCAUUUCCCUCCUGCUUGUUUUUAUUCUGAUGCAUCCUCUUGUCUCUUACCCUUUCUUUGUCAUUCUCUUCUCAUUCUGGCUGAUUUGUCCCAUAUUGCCUCCGUUUACAUUUCACCAUUUUUCUCUUGCAAUCCCUAGCCUUGCUGAGGCUGGCUACCUGACAUUAAACUUGAAAUCUGAUGCUUGUUUCUUGAACUUGCUUUAAUGCUGCUUUAAUUUCAGCCGAGCUUUCAUGCUAAACAAGUAGUUUAACAAUAACCUGAAGAUAAUUUACAGUUUUUACAUGCAGACAACAAAGAUACUGCUCAUGAAGAGAAGAAAUGUGUUUUGUGAGAUAGUU